AUGGACAGGACCAGUGGUUCGCGUGCUGAUUUUAAGGAAUGUACCGAUGGUGCUCUUAAUCUGCGUGACUCUAUGGAUUAUCUGGAUAAGACACAUGGCAGGCAAUUCCCUGGGGAUAGGUUCAGUAAAUCACUCAGGAAGAAUAGGGAAUGUUUUGGAUGUCGACUCCAGUCAGUCCUAAUCCGCGACCUGCCGCCUGCUCCCAAGAGUCAUCGUGAAGUGGGAAAUCACCCUCUAGGUUGGCUAUUUGAAGAGGCUGAGAAAGCUCACCUUAAAAGCUAUGAUCCAUCUGACUCUUGGACAACAGUGCCUAUCGGUAAGGCAAGAGGAAAGCAGAUUCUUGAUUGUAUGUGGGUAUAUGUCUACAAGCAGGAUAAGAAAGGUCGUCUGGUCAAGUGCAAGCGCGACUCGUGGUAA